CUUCGGCUGAUUUUUCUCCUUUGCCUAGUAGGGCCUGGCACAUGGAAUAGUGACGGAUAUAAGAAUCAAAUCUAUUUGAUGUUUCUUACAGUCAUUAAGAAAGCCAUUAACUUCUGCCUUCUUUCUAAAUUCAUCCGAUAUCAUCUUUCACACCAUCAGCCAUGGCUCAAGAGUGCACCAGUCUUGCAACAAAGAGGUAUGCAGUUGUGACAGGAGCAAACAAGGGGAUUGGAUAUGAAAUAUGUAGGCAGUUGGCUUCUAAUGGGAUUUUGGUGGUGUUGACAGCCAGAGAUGAAAAAAGGGGUCUUGAAGCUGUUCAAAAGCUGAAAGAUUCUGGCAUCUCUGAUGACCUUGUGAUUUACCAUCAACUUGAUGUGGUUGACCCUGAUAGCAUUGUUUCCCUUGCUGAAUUUGUGAAAAAUAAUUUUGGAAAACUUGACAUCUUGGUGAACAAUGCUGGGAUUGGUGGAGUUGCACUAGAGGCAGAUGCUUUUCAAAGAGCCUUUGAACAAGCUGGUGAAUUUCCAUUUGGGGAGCAAGUGUGGGCUGAAAUUGGAACUCAAAAUUAUGAGAUGGCAGAGCAAUGUGUGAAAACAAACUACUAUGGUGCAAGAGGAAUGGCUGAAGCACUUGCGCCCCUCCUACAGUUGUCUGAUUCACCAAGAAUUGUAAAUGUCUCUUCAAUGCUGGGGCUUUUAAAGAACAUGCCCAAUGAAUGGGCCAAAGAAUUGUUGAAUGAUGUUGAAAAUCUCAAUGAAGAUAGACUAGACGAGGUUGUGAACGAGUUUCUUAAAGAUUUUAAAGAAGAUUUGUUGGGAUCCAAAGGCUGGCCAACUUAUCUGUCUGCCUAUAUUGUUGCUAAAGCUGCCAUGAGUGCCUAUACAAGGAUUCUAGCCAAGAAGUAUCCAAGCUUCCGCGUCAAUUGUCUCUGCCCUGGCUAUUGCAAAACUGACAUAACUACCAACACCGGCCCCUUCACUGCUGCCGAAGGAGCCGAAAAUGCUGUGAGAUUGGCAUUGCUGCCUGAUGGUGGGCCUUCUGGUUUUUUCUUUUAUCAGAAAGAAAUGCUACCGUACUUUUGAAUGAAAAUCAAACAUGAUAAUCAUGAUGUAGAAAACGGCUACAAGAUAUUGAAAAUUUUCUCGUCGAUGUAUUUUCACCCCAGACAGGUUAAACUGAAAGAUGAUAUUGUCUAGAUGUGUGAGAAGUUGCAGUUUAUCUUCCUGUUAUAUAUUGAACCAGAUUCAUGUCCUGUGGAAUAAAAUUUUGGCAAUGCUCCAAUUAUGAAA